AUGUGUGACCAGCAACAGAUUCCGUGUUGCCUGCCUCUCCCCCAGUGCUGUGUGAAGGGUUCCUCCUUCUUCCCCUCCGCGUACCCUUCUCCCCAGGGCCAGGUGGUAGUUCAAGCCCCUUGUGGGAUGCAAAUCAUGGAGUGCCCUGCACCAUGCCCAGUUCAAGUUUCCCAGGUGAAGUGCCAAGCUCCCUGCCAGUCUUCAGGCCAGUCUCAGACCGCCAGCGUGAAGGGUCAGGCUCCAGGCCCAUCCCAGGCCACGCAGGUGAUCAGCCAGGCUGCAUGCCAGCCUGAGGUUUGCUACGUGCAGUGUGGAGCCCCCUGCCCUGUUCAGACCUGCUUUGUAGAGUGUGCUCCAGCUUGUUACACAGAAACUCGCUACGUGGAAUGCCCCGUCCAAACCUAUGUACCCUACCCAGCUCCCCAGCCUGUCCAGAGGUAUGUAGCAUACCCCUCAGCAUGCCAGACUCAAGGAAGAUUCUCCACCCAGUGCCAAUACCAGGGCUCCUUCGGCAGCUGCGCCUCCCAACGUCAGUCCCGGGCUUCAUGUCGCACUUAUGCACCCCCAUGCCAGAGCCAGGGCUCUUAUGGGGGCUACCCCAUGCAGCGUCGCGCUAGGAGCACCAGCAGAUGCCUCCCCCCCCCCCGCCAGAUGCGGCCUUCCUACCGCAGCUGCUCCCCUCCACGGCGCUCCGAGCCCUACUACAGCAGCUGCAUGCCAUCAAGAUGUGCUUCGGGUUCCUACAACUACUGCACCCCACCCCGCCGCUCUGAGCCCAUCUAUCACAGCGGCGGUGCUCCGCGUCCCACUUCCAGCUGCGCUCAGAGACGUGGGCCCAGGUGCCGCAUCGAGAUUUCCUCGCCCUCCUGCCCCAGGCAGGUGCCCCCGCAGAGGUGUCCCGUUCAGAUCCCUCCCAUAGGACGCUGCUCUGAGAGUUGUGCUCCACGACCCUCCUGGGGCACCUCCUGCCCGGAGCUGAGACCACGUCCUGAGCCGCGCCCACUCCCCAGCUUCUGCCCACCCCGGAGUUUUGACCAAUGUCCAGAGCCGUCACUGCCGCGGUGCCCACGUCCGGCCCCGCGUCCAUCACGCCCAGCGCCGUGCCCAAGUCCGGAGUACCGCCGGUGUUCUCCACCCCGGUACUUUCCCGAGCCGUGCCCGUGUCCGGAACCAAGUCCAGCCCCGCGUCCAGCCCCACGAUGUGGCCCAACGCGGUGUGAGUUUCCAGAGCCUUGUCGGGAGCCAAUUCCCCUCCCGCCACGCUGCUCAAGCCCAGAGCCCUGUGUGCAGCCUCAGCGCUGCCCCAGCCCCUGCUCGGGCCCAAAUCCAAGGCCGGGCUCCGGAGACCUCGGCUGUCAUGAGUCCCGCCCGGGCCGCCUAGACAUGGAGGCCCCCAGCUGCGGCCCAGCUGCUUACACACAGUGCGGAGAGGGCGAUGCUAGCCAUGGACCUUGUGAUGUGUUCCCAGAGCCCCGGGGCCUGGGCGGUAGUGGAGACCAAGGAGGUGCCUCUGUUGGAGCGAAAGGCGGGUACUACGCUGGAGUAAAGAGCGCCUACUUUUAAAGGAAGGCCGGCUGAAACAUCCCUGCUCCUCCUGCCCUGACAACGCGGCUCCUCCUUUCCCAGCAGUGACCAUUUCCGUGCUCUUGGUUGCAAUGCCCCAAAGAUAGGCCGAGGCUCCCUGCUGCAGAGGCGAUGUCCUUUGCCUGUCAUCACAGGACCCACACCUGCGUCUCAGACACCUCUGCAGCCUCACCUCAGACUCCUCUCCCAUAAGCAUCCUCUGUUCCAGCCAGACCAGUCUCACAACCAGGGCACAUCUUGGGUGUUCCCCAGGACAUACCUUAGCCAUCCCUGCCUCCAAGCCUCUGUCCAUUUCUCCCCGGAUUCCUGGACCACUUCUCCGCUACUCCCAGUAUCUGAAACCCGACCCAUCUUUCAAGACCUCUUCCUUGGAGCCUUUUCUGCUUGUUCCUACUCUCAGAAGCCUGCCCUGACUUCCUAGAACGCACUGCAUCAUCCACACCAUCCAUUUGGCAAGUGCCUUGCAACAUCUCUUGAACUAUUUUAUUUUUCAGGUGUGUCUGUUGUCUGUCUUACCUGUCCAGCUAGAUUGUAAACUCCCAUUUGAAUGGAGUCAGAGUAUCCCUAAAGUCCCUUGCUUCUCCUAGGGCAGGCAGCUACUCAUCAAGGUUUGUUGGUUGGCAGCUUGAGCCAUGAUCUGUCCUGAUGGGCAACCCCAAGCCUGGGACAAGACUCCAUGUAACAAUAAAGGUGAUGCUACACUUGGA